UCUCAUCCGUGUUUGUGUCUGGUUCCUCUUUCCCCUCUCCUGAAAGCCCCUCUUUUGUGCCCGUUCUCUCCCAAAUAGGUGUCUUCUGCAAGUUCUUCUUUGUUGACACCUUGGUUUCCUAUUCCAAAUUUUCUUUUGUUUUCUUUUUUGUGUUUUCACGUCCGAUUCCUUUUUUACCUUUGUUCAACUUCUUCUUUCAUCCCUACUCCCCUGCAAAUAACAUUGUAGUAUACCAAUUAUGCUUGGCCAUCGAUUCAUUCGGCCUGCUUCCUCGCUGGCUCGACCUUUCUGCACCUCUGCCCCUGUCUGUCGCGCGCCCUCUAUUCGUGACAUCACCCCCGAUUCAGCUGAAGAGUUUAAUGCACGCCAGAAGGAGUUUCGCGAGAACUUGGAAGUAGCUCGCAAGAAGAGAGAACAGCAAGAGAGUCAGUCAGUCGGUGCUUCUGCUUCUACCUCUGCCUCAUCCCCUGUUGCCCGUGAUCGCCUCCGUGAGUACGCUACCGCUCCCACUGCUCCCAACAAGGGCAAUGCGAGCAGUACAAACAACAGUGUUUUUGAUGCCGCCGAUGUUCUUGAUAAUCAGGCAUUAGGCUCACUUUCUACCCACCGUUCUGUAGGAGACAAUCAAUUGUUAGAAGCCAGCCACUCCCCCAAGCGCGGACCGCUUUCGUCGCUCAUUUACGGAACGAGAGAAGGACAACAGCACGAUAAAGAUAUUGAACGAUCUUUCUCGCAGGUUCUUGCUCGCGGUAAAUACGUCCAUUCCAUCGUUUUUCACGAAGUAAAGCCCGACCGCGUCGAUGAAUAUGUCAACCUUGUUGGCCAGUGGUAUCCUCGCAUGGCCGCAACUGAGGAAAACCGCGUCAAUCUUGUCGGGAGUUGGCGCACGCAAGUGGGAGACAACGAUACCUUUGUCCAUAUCUGGGAGUAUCAGCGAUAUGAAGGAUACCAUGCUUCUCUCCAUAACAUCUCCUGUCACCCAGAGUUCCGUGAGUUCGAUCGGAAGUUAAAGAGCUUAAUCAAGAGCAAGAAAACUUCGCUCAUGCAGGAGUUUUCAUUCUGGCCAACCACUCCGCCCCGCAAACUCGGAGGGCUUUUUGAGCUUCGUUCUUAUACCCUUCAUCCCGGAAACCUUCUAGAGUGGGAAACUCACUGGCGGCGUGGCCUCAAAGCCCGCCGUGAGGUUAUGGAAGGAGUCGGUGCUUGGUUUGUCCAGAUCGGCGACUUGAACACUGUGCAUCACCUGUGGCAGUUUGCGAACCUAGAGGAGCGCAAGAUUCGCCGGGAACAGUCGUGGAGCGUUGAGGGCUGGGGAGAGACAGUGCAUAAGACUGUUCCCCUCAUCCAGACCAUGCAGAGCCGAAUCUUGAUCCCCAUGCCCUGGAGCCCCGUUGGUUAAACUCUCCCAGCUGAAGGGUUGUUUAUGGUCUGCGAUCCUACGGGCUGGUUUUUUCGAAUCAACUUGGCGAAGGCGACCGACAUGGUCUAGCCUCUUUUGAGGGGAGGAUCCGCGCGCAUCAUGGGUUAUAGGUCGACAGGGCGGGAGAUAGCCUGACAAAUACGUGAAGGAAUCCUCCUUUAUG